UGAAUUAGCUGCCUUUCUACAUAGGCGUCCUAUUUCACACUCGAUCAUGAUCUACUAGACAUCCUUCCUCCUAUCCCAUGUUAGAGAACCCACAGGAUCAGUCGUGAGCGACCUUUUCGCAACUAUGGCAUAUACCGUCGCUUCCACGGCAUCAAUGAGCACAUAUGGCUGGGAUUCCACUCCAACUCUCUCACCACAUUACUACAGUCUAUCUCAGCAGCCAUCACCUCAACCAUCACCGCAACCACAACACCACCACCAACAGCCACAUCUACAGCUACAGCUCCAACAAGACCAAACCGACCAAGAAACAAUCAGCACAUUCUGGCGAUUCCUAGCCUCAAGUUCCUCUUACCUCGUACUAGCAGGCUUCCUAGUCCUCCCUUUAGCAUUCACCACAACCUCCUCCAACAAUUCCAACAAUGAAAAUACAACAACACCAUCCACCGACCCAACAACCACCAUCAUCGCCGCAUCAGUCCUAAUCGCAAUCGGCUACACAAUAACCCUCAUGCUAAUAUACUUCCAAAGACACGAGCGCCAAUACCUCCUCCACUCUAUAUACAUGUACAUCCCCCUCCAUCCACCCCUUUACAUCCCCAAUUAAUCAUCCAUUAACAUAAAAAACCAAAAACCCAAGACCAAACACAACAACCUCCCUCCUCUCCCUCCUCAACAUCCUCCUCAACAUCCUCUGCCGCAAUCCAACCC